GUUACAAAUCCCCAGCAUCUUCCACCCUAGGAUGACUAUCCCAUUGAGCAUAGCUGAAAUGCCGGGAUGGAGUCCUGCUUUUUCCGGGGCGCGGGCUGCGUUUCCCUCCCGUGUCUGGCUAAUGCGGCUGCGCUCUAUGCCGGUUCCGCAGCAGUUUGAUUCAGAGAUGUCAUGUGAGCCUUGUAGUGGCAUGGGAUGGAUCCUAUGCGAUUUUUGUAAAGGGCUGAAGACUAAUGUACAGUCUGAAACUAAAAAGAUAUACCGGCGGUGUCCUUCUUGCAGGGCUAUCGGGUACCGGGUGUGUUGGAAGUGCAAAGUUUUCAAGUGCGUUACAUACCCAAACAGAGAUGAUCAUAAGAAACCAAACUUGUAAUUGUAAACGUAUGUGUAUAAUUAACAUGUUCGAUUAAAUGUAUCAAUUAAUUUGAUUUGUUGUGAGGAGGGGAUGGCCGGGAGUCCCGACUCCCGAUAAAUAUGGAGUGGAAAAAAUGAUAUAAUACAUGUUGGAUUAAAUGAAAGAUGAUUUUGGAGUUAGAGUACAUAUGGAAAAUUGAUUUGAUGUUGUUUGU